GUGUCCGUGCAAGGCGCUGUUGAGCUUUCGGCAAAUACUUGUGCCCAUGCAUGAAGAUGUCCUUAGUGGACCUAGGGAAGAGGUUGCUAGAAGCAGCUCGCAAAGGCGAAGAUGACGAAGUGCGAAAGCUGAUGGCAAGCGGUGCUCCCUUCACCACUGACUGGCUUGGGACGUCGCCUCUUCACCUCGCUGCCCAGUACGGCCACUAUUCAACAGCAGAAGUGCUGCUUCGAGCUGGUGUUAGCAGAGAUGCCCGAACAAAAGUGGACCGGACGCCGCUACACAUGGCUGCGGCUGAUGGACACACUCAUAUUGUAGAACUGCUAAUUAGGAACGGGGCUGAUGUAAAUGCCAAGGACAUGCUGAAAAUGACCGCUUUGCACUGGGCGACAGAGCACAACCACCGAGACGUCGUAGAGCUGCUCAUCAAAUACGGAGCUGAUGUCCACGCUUUCAGCAAGUUUGAUAAAUCGGCUUUUGAUAUUGCUUUGGACAAGAACAAUCCAGAGACUCUGGUAAUGCUACAGGAAGCAAUGCAGAACCAGGUAAAUGCUCAUCCAGAGAGAACGAAUCCCGUCAGCAACGCUGUGACUCUCACCUCACCAUUUGUUCUUACGCCAGGGGAGGUUCUCAAUCUCACCAGUCUCGUCUCUUCAGCAAACGCCAAAACAACCUCAGGUGACUCGCAUGUCUCUACGGUGCAGUUUUCCAAUUCAACGACCUCUGUGCUUGCCACGCUUGCGGCCCUCGCCGAAGUAUCAGCACCGCUUUCCAACUCAGACAGAGACACAGGUAAGACGGAGGAAAUAGUCGAAGCAAAUUCUGUCGAUUCUGGCAUACAACAAGUGGUUGGCAGCGGAGGGCAGCGCGUCAUCGCCAUUGUAACAGACGGAGUUCCCCUGGGCAGCCUGCAAACGGCCAUCCCCACCAGCGGCCUCAGCCAGCCCUUCAUCCUAACCAUGCAAGAUGGACAGCAAGUUUUAACUGUACCUGCUGGUCAGGUUGCAGAAGAGACUGUUAUUGAAGACAGAGAUGACGCAGAAGAGGAGGAGAAGCCGCUGGCCAAGAAGCAGAAAGUGGAACAAAAUGUAGAUGAUUCGAAGGAAGACCAGGACAGCGUUGAAAGGGAAGUGCUACAGCAGCAGUUGCAGGAGGCGAACCGGAAGGCUCAGGAAUAUCGCAGCCAGCUCAUAAAGAAGGAGCAAGAGGCGGAGGAGUACCGGCUGAAGCUGGCAGCCAUGGUGAGGCAGCAGCCCAACGGAGCGGAGGUGAUGGUGCUCGAAGAGGUCGCCGAGGUUGACCCGCUCGUGGUAACCUCAGAAGACAUCAAGGAAUCCGUGCUGUCCAUGCUGGAAACAGAUCAGCCAACUGAUAUCGCUGUGGAAACUGUAACCUCCUAAUCCUCGGUACUGCCUUUGUUAACGUUUCUUUGCCGAUAGAUCAGCUCGUAUACGGGCUGGUUACGUCGGGGACGUAAUACGGGCUAACGAGUUCCUAAAGGUAUGAACGUACGGUCACGGCUCUGAAGGAAUCGCUCACCCCAAGAGGAAACUGCUUUUCAUCCUAAAAUCAGUCAGUUCCUGGCGGUUGGGCCUGAAAGGAAGGUGGGAUCUGCCGAAAUCCCGUCUUCGGCAACGUGUCGCAGCCUUUCACCGGUUGGGUUCACCAGCGAGCGGUAGGAGAGGAAGGUUUAUGUGACUGUUGUUGUAAAGGCUUCAUGAGACUUGCCGUGAGAAUCUAAGUGCAUUUAUUUAUAACCAGUGUAGCGAUAUUUAUAAAGAAGACUUUUUUUAUCUUUUUCCAAAAGAUGUUUUGAAGAAGGCUUUAAUAAUUAUUUUUUAUGAAUGAAUGUUUGGAGAGACUCGGUUCCUGGCUGUUGAUUACUUCAGCGUUUCCUCACUGACUUCAGGGAUGCGUGAAGUUACUUUCUUUUGUUCCCCAGAACAUUGACAAUUUGGGUCUGUUUGAACUAAAAAUCUGCGUCGGAGGGUUCGAGACAGUAUUAAAGUAAAUCCAGGCAGAUUCUUCUAAUGCCCGGAAGCGUUUACGGAUGUAAAGGGACACUGUCAACUUUGGCUUUUACGUUGUGCCUGAAAUUUGUGCUUAUUAUUUGUAAAUUCGCAGAGCUCGGCAGCUGUAGCGUAUAUAAACGCCGUGUUGUGCCUGCGACAGCACUGUGAUUCUCAGUUAUUUCCAUCCUUCCCCUGAAAAGGGUCGGUUUUGCCAAAAAGUCCCUUCAGCUGGGAAACAAACUUCCCCUUCAGAAGAGGAAAAAAAAUAAAAAGUCC